AUGACCGUCCCAUUUCCCUCGCCCGUCCUCUCCCUGACGGUCGACCACGUCAGGGACCUUCAAGGCAGCGAUGCGCUCGUAGGUCUCUGGCAUGUUUUCACGCAAUGUAAAUAUGCCCUUCGCGAUGGAGAGCGCCUUGAGAACAUCUCCUGGCGCCUCUGGCACCGAGAA